AGUCGUUUGUCUGGUGCUCGAGUCUACCAAAAAUUACUAUAAUCCUUUAUUGCACGACGUGCGGAACCUGGACGUGUGCAGGAAGAUUUCCUCACGAAUAAGGUCAUCCCAGGCCGGACAAAAUCCUCCCUGGGAGCUUUUGGCUGCCCUGCAAAAUGCACUGCGCUUCACGCUCACUGCUGCCAAAGUAUCUCAGGACCCUGCCGAUUUGUGGACUAGCCAGUAUUUUCGGACAGGUGAUUCCUAUUCGCCAGAAGGCUUCGACUCGCUGUUCGACUACCUCGAGCAUGUUGAUUCCGACCAGGAAGCAGUAUUUAACGUCCUUGUCUUCCUGGACGUCCUGGACGUGCGCUGCAGCCCUACUAAACAACAUCAGUUCUUCAAGAUCCUCAUCGCCUGCAUGGGCAGUAGCAUGCCUGUACAUUUACGUCAUGCUGCUCUCCGCCUUGCCCACAGUGCCCGAGAAGAAAUGGUCUGGAUCGAUGCCAUUGAUAAUGCGGAGCUGCGGGACAUGAUCUUAACCGAGCUCUCCCCCGCUAUCCUGACUGCAGUUUGUCCCCAACCAGGUGUAACACUCUCCGAUGAUGAUCCUGACUGCUUCUUCCAUGAUGGCCGUGACUCGUGCUAUCUCAAACUGCUCUUUACCCUCGCGAGGAAUUCCAACUGGCACCCCCAUUUGGUCGAGGAUCACCAUAUAGAUCGAUGCAUUAGCAUUGUUGCAAAGUGCGACUUAGGGCCACAUGCAUUUUACCUAGCUGGCAUCCUCCUCCGGAUCGCACCUGAACAAUCGUCGGUUGCAUCCCUCAAUUCUAUUACAGAGCGGCAGUGGUGGGACAUAAUGAGAAAGGCAUGGUUCUAUACACGAUAUGACAUUUACGACAUACACUGUUUCGAGUUCCUUCCCGUCCUUGUGGAAGGCACGAAGAGGUAUAUGCAGAUCGCUAGAGAAUAUCAUCUCGAGUACCUCAUUAGAUGUGUGGAUCGUGUUCUUCUCAGCGCACUAGAGACGCGAGAUUCACAGCAGGGAGAAGGAGAGGGUGUCAUCGUUGUUGUGAAAGAGUUGAGGACUGUAGUCAGCGAUAUGAUUAAGAAGUUGGUCGGCAGUCAAGGAGUUGUUAGUCCCUGAUUAUUACAGUACUUGCGUGUUGUGCUAGCAACCUGGGACCAGAGGAAGGGAUGGAGCAAUACAACUGGGAGGAGAUAAGUAUCAAUACUGAAACAAAAUAUAUAUACGAGAGAUAUGAUACGUGGUUUCCAGAGCUUAUAAAAGAGCACGGCUCAAUGGGUGGGUAAUAACGUAGAGUCAGCAUAUAGACAUUGGUUUGUCAACCCCCCAGUUACAAAGCGUUCGUGAACUAGCACAUAUACAUGUAUUCGCGAAGAAGGAAUACUUAUAGAUUAGACCAAUAUUAGACAUAGAAUACAGAGUUUUAUGAUUUAUUGUCUUUGCAAACGAGUUUCAUUUGAUCCAC